AUGUCGCGCUCCAGAUUCGUCAUGCCCUGCUGCUGCAUGCUCCUAGUUGCAGCGGUGCUUGCAUUGGCCGAUGCCUUCGUCGUGCCAUCUUGGCCACACGCAUCCUCGGCGCCCAGCCGCAUCAACAAGAUCGACAGGGCUGAGCCAAUGAUUUCGAGCGAUGCAGGUGCAGUGUUCAUGUCAGUUCUGGCUGGUCUCAUCGUGGGAGUGGCCGUGCCGGCCAGCAGCUUUGCUGCGGAGUCGGCAGCGCCGGCAG